ACUGACGAACCGUUAGUUGGAGCGCUAGGUGUUAGAGAUUACAUUUGCUAAUUUUCUUUAUCUUUUGUGAGAAACCCUACCAUUUACAACAAUGUACAGUCUAACUAUCGGCAACUAAAAUUUGUUCGGGUCCUUUUGAUACUCUGCUCGGGCACACUGAAGCAUCGUAAAGAUGUUGUCUCGCGCAAUAUUAAUCUGCGGUGUGAUCGUUGCUGGCAUAGUAAGUUCCGCAGAUGGAACAUCUUCACCAGACUGCGCCAAGGACGGCGACGUCAUCACAAACUACAAGAAGGAUCCAUAUAGGUCAUAUAGGAAGGGUGCAACAAGGCAUGAUGUAGCCAAGGCUGAAUGUUCAAACCAAGAUAAGACUCCAGAAGAUGAUGCUUGUUCCUGUAACCCCUGUCUUCAUGGUGGAACUUGUAACCUAAUCGAUGAUCCACCUGGAUACUCUUGUACGUGCUCUGAAGGAGACGAAGGAGACAUCUGUCAGGAAUCAACCGGGGGAGAUCAUUACUCUUCAGUCAUAUAACCCAUGUCUUUAUGGUGAAACCUGCAUGUAACCUCGUCGAUUAUCUUCCUGGAUACUAUUGUACGUGCUUUGGGGGAUACGAAGGAGAAAUCUGCCAGGAAUCAACCGGGGGAGAUGAUGCUUGUUCCAGUAACCCCUGUCUUCAUGGUGGAACUUGUAACCUCAUCGAUGAUCCACCUGGAUACUCUUGUACGUGCUUUGAGGAAUACAAAGGAGACACAUGCCAGGAAUCCACAAUUUAUGAGCACUACUAUUUCUAUAUGUCACGUUCAAUAUUUUAACAUUCAUAAUGGAUUCUUAUUGAGAUUAAUUUUUAAAAUUCAGAUUAAUGGAUUCUUAUUGAGAUCAAGUUCAAAAGUGGUUACAAAUAUUUAGAAAUAAAAGACUGACUAAAAUAAAAUGUUUGGGUAUACAUCGCGGUGAAAUGGUGUGUUUUUGUAUGAAACAUAAUAAAAACAGGGCACAGAUUGGAUGGAUUGCUAUUAUUUUCGUUAUUUAUUUGAGAAAAGUUAACUACUAUAUUGUGCUUGAAUCUGUCCAUCCAAAUCCAUAAAAUAAAACUGUCACGAAGACCUUGUAGUUUUAGCUUUUCAUUCUCAAUAAUGGUUGUUUUCAGGGUUUAUUAGUUCUAAUACAUGCACUUGUACACAUGUUUUAUCUUGAUUUUAGUAUUUUUAAAUCGGCUGCUCACAAAGUUAAACAAUACCUUUAAACUGUCCCUGUUCGGGGUCAAUAAAGGCAAAAAAAUUCAGCUCGCGCUGUUUCGCACUCGCAUUGUUUGUUAAGUAAGACAGGUACGUAUUAUGAUUAGAAAAAAAAAUGCUUAUAAAGUCCCUUUAGGUCUGAAUUUUAAAAAUUUUCAUCUCGGGCUUCGCGCUCGCAUUAUUUGAUCAGUGAGAUACAAGUACAUAUCCGUUCAAUGGCACAGUCCUUAAAAUGUCUCUGAGGUCAGUAUACCUGGCAAUCGAGCGAGCUUCGCGUGCUCACUAAGUGACUCAAUUUUUUUGCUGGUGCCCCCAAUGCCGUGAUCCACGUUACGCCACUGUACCAAAAAGAAAUGCCCAAUGUUGGUUGGACACAUUAUUACCCUCAUGGAGCACUUUUACCCAAUAUUUUAGAGUGCAUUACCCCCCCCCUCCCCUUCCGUCUCCUUCCCAUGCACAUGGAACUUACAAAACCUAUACUCUUGCAAAUAUUCAAUCAAUACAAUUAAUCUAAACUUUCGAACUUCAGGCUAUGGCGGUUGUUAAACAAAGACUGGAAUAUAUCUGACACAUGAUCAGGUCAAAGGGCAUGGGGCAAUCAUGAUGCUAUGGAAAGUACAAGGG